AUGGAAGCGAAAUCUCCAAAACCGUCGGAAACGGCUUCAGAAAGAAAGAGCCCGGAAAAAAGCUCGCUAGCUCCUGAUCACCCGCUCCUUCAGCGGUUCCAGAAAGCCCUGAAAGAGCACCUGCUAACCCAGAUAAGUCGUUUAGAGGGCGAAAUAUUCGAAAGCGAAUCCGAAGCUAAGAAAAAGAAUGCAGAGAGGGAACAGCUAGGCGUUCAGACCUACGAAGCUCAGCAGCUGGUUUGCUCACAGCACAAAGUCCUCGAGAACAUCGUCGCAGACUUGCAGACCGUUACUGCGGCGAAGGAGGAAAUGGAGGCGGCCCUAGAAGAGGAGAAACAAAAACAGAAGGGGCUUAGAGAAAAGAUAUAUCUAACGGAGAAAAGUAACAGAGAGCUGCAGAACGAAAUCGAAUCAAUAAAUUACCUGAUACACCAGAUGUCUCAGUGGGAAAACAAAAUAGAAUCAAAUAUAAGCGUGAACCAGCGCAUCGCCGAAAAGACGAGGAAAGACAACUUACUGCUAGCGCAAGAAAAGCGAGCUCAAGACUUGUUGAUUUACAACCUGAUGAGGGAGAUUUGGAGACUAGAAGGCGAGAUCGAAGCGAUGGAAAUUCAGACCAAAGUUCAAAGUUCGGAAAUAGAAGAACAAGAAGAGGCAAUCGCGGUCGGCAACACGAACGUGGAAGCUCUCCAGGCAGAAUACAGGUGCCUCAUGCACUCCUGGAACUCCGUGGUCGUCGCGAUUUCCAACAGAAGCAAAACCAUAGAUUGCCUGAACGAGGAGGUGAACAGGAUGCAGGAGAACCUAAAGAGCAUCACAGCGGAAACCGAACAGGUGAAGAAGCUGACGAAGAAGGAGCUAAUAGAGAACGAACGGAGGACAGUGCUGAAAAAUAGGAUAGAACAGGAUAUAAAAUAUUGCAAAGCCCAAACAGACGAGGAAAUGAAAAAGAGAAACGCCAUCGAAAGAAACAUGUUGGAGUUGCAAGCCAUAUCAGAGCAGACGGAGAAGGACAUCGAAAGUGUCAGGAACGAGAUCCAGCACAGACAAACUUAUUUAGACGUCAUCACGAAAGACUACGACAAAAUCGUAUCGAAGAAGACCGGUUUGGAAGAGAAAUUGCUGAAGAACCUACAGAACCAACUGGCCAACGAUAAGGCGGCCGUCAGCCUGUAUAGAAUGUUGCGCGCCAUCAAAGACAAAACAAAGGACGUGGAAGUUAUCAUGAACGAGGCGGAGAAUAAACGCAGCCGCCUGAUCGCGAACAUCGAGUCGCAGAAGUACAACAAUUACCAAACCAGGGGGAUGCUGCAGGAUCUCCAAAAACAGCAGGCGGAUCUGGAGAAGGAGACCGACGCUCUGCAGGAGGAGAAAGCCAAGUACGACCUGCUGUUCAGGAAGAGAGAGAGACAGUAUGACUAUUUAAAUAGCAAAAUAGAAAAGGCCACGAUCAAGGACCAUCCCACGAUCUCCCCUCAGGAGGUACGGCUGACACAAUUGGAGAAACAGAUCGAGGAGACCCAAGAAUCCAUAAAAAAACUGCAGCUGUUCUGGUUGAGGGAACAAAAAAAUCUACUAGUGGUGUCCAAAGACCGCCAGGAACAGAUCUACAACAUAAACAUGCUAAAGAAGCAAUCUCUCAUCCUCGAACAGAAGAAUUUACGAAUACGCGACGAGAUCGAGGCGUACAAGAAAGCGGCAGAGAAGGUGCUGCACAACAUCAACAGUCUCCAGAAUAGGAGCACCGUCCUUUCGGAAGUAUUAUUCAAGAAGCGCCACCAGAAGACCAACCUGGACAGGAAUAACGUGCUGCUGCAGUCCGAGUACGACACCAAACUGAGAGACGCCGACCUGGCCUGUUUGGAGAUCGAAGCCGAUGUGACCGACAUCGAAGAGGACAGGGUCAAUCUGAGCAAGAAUCUCGUCGAGGUGAACAGGGAGGUGCUGGAGUGGGAAAAGAAGUUGCAGCUGGUCAAGGAGACGUUGAGCAACGUGAAGGAGGAGAGAAGCGAGAGCGGUGAGGUGGGGAACAUGAGGCAGGAGAUACACAAGAUGCAAGUCAUCUACGGCCAGUUGAGGAGGGCACAGGAAAAGUUGGUCAAAGACCUGGAUCACUGCGUCGGCAGGAGGGAAUCCAUCUAUAUGGUGUCGGAGGCUAGGCAGAAGAAAACUCAGGGAGCCGCUGAAAGGACGAGAGUAAAUUACUCAAGAAAAAUGGACAACGUAAAAAAUAAAAUAAAGCAAAUGGAAAGCGAAACGGAAUCGCUCAAAUUGAAAUGCAGGGCUAUCGAGGAGCAGAAGGAAAACUUAUUGCAAGGUCUGGAAAGCACCGAGAGAAACAUCAAGAUGUAUGAAAAUUAUUCCAGUAACCUUAGUCGCGACGUGGAAAUCUCCAAAACCAGCAGACAGAUGAACUUCGAACUUCUACUCGUCAAUCAGAAAAAGGUGAGUCUCUAUCACGACAUAUCGGUGGGGAGGCAGCCGUUCCUCAUGUACAAAACGGAGGACCAACUUGCUACCGAAUAUACUAAACAGAAGGAUCUAUCCAAUAAGUUGGGUAAAAUUGUUGAAAACUUAACCGUGGACUUCCCCAAUUACAAGCAGGAAUUUGAUCGUGUAUAUAACAGUCUGAGGGUAAGCGCUCUCUUGAUGUAUUAA